UUCAAGCUUGGGAAGAUAAGAAGACAAGUGUUUAAUCGAGCACCGAUGUAAAGCAGGCAGCAAACGACCUCUAGUUUGUUGUCUGCAGUUAACAUUAACUUUGCAACUAUUGACUCUGUCGGUGGCUGUAAUGUCCCUUACAACCCAGUGACGUGAAACACUCUUAAAUGGUAACGUUCAGGUAACGGAGCUGGUGUGGUUUCUACGCUGUUACAGUAGAGUCACAAUGAUUAGUUUUGCAUCUGGAAGACGCAUUAUUUCUGGGGUUCCACUGUGGAGAUGUCUUCAGCAGAUAACCAGGGCACCAAACUACAGGACAAGAGCUCAGCUGCUGUUUCAGUCCCAGGCCUGCUCAGCGCUGAUGCCAGCCAGACAAACUUCCACCAACAGAUUGUUGAGCAUCAGGCCUGUGAGGUCGUCUGCGUCUCGUUUGUGUCACAGUGACUCACAAGGCACUGCAGAGAGAGGCCAAAGCAAAGAGGGGUUUAGUUUGAGGGCCCUCACUCAGGCUCCCAAACCAGCUCUGUAUCUUGGUUUCUCCGGGCUCAUCCCAUUCCUAUCUGCCCCCAUCCUGAUGGCAACCACUCAGUCCUUUUACCCUGAAAUUGCAUUCGCUCAGUUGGUCUAUGGAGCCUCUAUAGUGUCCUUCCUCGGCGGUGCCCGAUGGGGGUUUGCCCUCCCUGCGGGUAGUCCUGCACAGCCGGACUGGAUGAACUUGGGGAAUAGCGUGGUACCUUCACUGCUGGCCUGGCUGGCUCUGCUCUGCAGGGACAAUAUUGCAGAGGGAGCUCUCGUAGUUAUAAUGGGACUGGGCCUCUCUCUGCACUACGACCUGACCCUGCUGCCGGGCUACCCCUCCUGGUUCAAAGCCAUGCGAACUGUCCUCACUCUGGUGGCCACCUUCUCACUGGUGGCUACUUUGAUCAUUAAAAAAUUCUGCUUGGAGAAAAAGAUCAAAGAAAUUCAGGACUGAUAAGAAAUGACAGUUUGUACUUUGAGCCACGUGGACUUAAUAAAGUUUUAGCGCAGAUCUGAA